UUUUUUCCCCCCUUCUGCCGGUUCUGAAAAACCAACCACGAGUUGUCGUCGUGUGGGAGAAUCCAUCUUGAAGAGGGCUCUCCGGUUGUGUUACCAGUAUUCUAUAUCAUAAAAAUGUCUGAGGCGGAGCAGCAGUACAUGGAAACGUCGGAAAACGGCCACGAAGUCGACGAGGACUUCAGCGGAGCCGGUCAGACCGACGACGGCGGAGAAGGCGCGGGGGACGACUCGCACAACGGCGGCACGGACGGUGGCCAGAUCGACGCCAGCAAGGGCGAGGACGAUGCCGGGAAAAUGUUUGUUGGUGGCCUCAGCUGGGACACCAGCAAGAAGGACCUCAAAGAUUACUUCUCAAAAUUUGGUGAGGUGACGGACUGCACCAUCAAGAUGGACCAGCAGACAGGCCGGUCAAGAGGCUUCGGCUUCAUUCUUUUUAAAGAUUCUGCCAGCGUAGAUAAGGUUCUUGAACAGAAGGAGCACAGGCUAGAUGGCCGACAGAUUGACCCUAAAAAAGCCAUGGCAAUGAAGAAGGAACCAGUAAAGAAAAUCUUUGUGGGAGGCCUUAACCCUGACACCACUAAGGAAGCAAUUCAGGAAUACUUUGAAACCUAUGGAGAGGUAGAGACCAUUGAACUUCCACAAGAUCCUAAAACUGAGAAAAGGAGGGGAUUUGUAUUUAUUACAUAUAAAGAAGAAGCCUCUGUCAAGAAGGCUAUGGAAAAGAAGUACCACACUGUUGGUGAAAGCAAGUGUGAACUUAAAAUUGCCCAACCCAAAGAGGUGUACAUGCAGCAGCAGUACGGUGCCCGUGGUGGUGGUGGUGGUGCAUAUGGAGGACGUGGCAGGGGACGUGGAGGCCAGGGCCAGAACUGGAAUCAAGGCUACAACAACUACUGGAACCAGGGAUACAACCAGGGCUAUGGUUAUGGACAGCAAGGCUAUGGAUAUGGUGGCUAUGGCAACUAUGACUACUCUGCUGGUUAUUACGGCUAUGGGGCUGGCUACGAUUACAACCAGGGCAAUACAAGCUAUGGGAAAACUCCAAGACGUGGAGGCCACCAGAGUAGCUACAAGCCAUACUGAUCACACGUAGUGCAGGUCUAAAGUAAAUAAGAAAAAGAGAUCCAUGAUCUGACCACAGCGAACAUGGACUCUGGCUUUUCCUUUGGAGUUGGCAGAAAUUUGGACUCAUGCUCCAUUUGUACAGAUCAAGUGAGGAACUGGGGAAGCAAUUGUCACUUUUCCACUUUUUAUUUUAUAUUGUUUUGUGUCCAUGUACAUUUCCAGCGAUGGAAGUGUUAUUUUUACUGUACUUUUUGGUACCUUUUUUGAAUCUAAUGUAUUGUAUGGUUGUAUUUUUACAUGUCUACUGGAUUGACAGAUGAGCAGGAGCAAGAGCUUGUAAAGCUCAAAUAAAACAAUAUUGCUUUUUUUUUUUGUGUGUGUGUUUCUAGAUUUUUAGUUUUCACAUGCUGAGUGUUGGACGUUACAUGGCUUAAGAUGUGGGAGUGAGGUUUAAAAAGGGGGGGUUAUAACCAUGUUAAGUGAGUGCUGUGGAUAACCAUGUAGAUGAAGACAACCAGUAUUUUUUCUGUUUUUUUUUUGUUUUGUUUUUUUGUUUGUUUUUUGUUGUUUUUGGCUUUUAAGGAGGUUCUUUCCCCAACAUGUCUACAAUUUUUAAGUGGCUUUACUAGUGUUAACGCAAGCCUGUUAAUGUACGAGGGUAUUCCCUCUAUCACUGAUAACUCAUUCCUCUAGUGUCUUGGGCAAAAUUGGUAAAAAUAAAAUUUUGGUUUAUAUUACCAA